GAAAUGAAUAAUUUUUAAUAAGUAAGAAAAUCUUUUUACAUCCAAGAAAAAAAUGAAAAAGUGGUAAAUUGGUAUUCAAGAACGUCAGACCAAUCAAAAGCUACAGCAGGCAACAGUCACGCUAUCGAUUACCACAAAUGAUAUAGUGAAGUUCACGCUCAUUGGUUAGAGAACCCUCCCGAAUUUUGUAAUCAUUUUAAAAUUUUGCUAAAGAACUGGAAACGCUUCCUCCUCAUUAAAAUUAACCAAAGCGAGAAACAACGAGGGGGAAAAAUUAAUAAAAUAAAAUGAAUUAAUUUUCAACGAAGGAAGGCGAUUCAAUUAAUUAAGAGGGUGGUUGGAUUUUUAUCUGGAAUCUUCGUCCAUUCAGAUUGUUUGCCAUUCUAGUUACCAUAGUAACCAUGCCAUACUUUAGUGUUUACGUCACACAAUCUGCUUUUCGACUUAUAAUUGUCGAUUUAGACUUUUAAGACUUGGAAAAAAAUAUAAUGAUCGCCCGCGGUAACGUUCACAUGUGGUCGCGCGCCUUUAACAGCUCGGAGUGGAAUUCCGUUCCUCCCGGUGGUAUGGACGAAGAGCAAUCGAAAUCAUCGAUGACGGUUCGCCAGCAGAAGAUAGACAGACAACGGCAGCUUCUGGAGCAGAAACAACGCUUGAAGAGGCAAACUCCAGGUCUUGUUCAGGCUUCGGAUGCUCGUCCGGCUUCUGCCAACUGGCGAUCUAGUUCUAGAGAAGAAAUUAAACCCUUGAUGUCAGGAUAUAAUAUACAAAAUAAUAACCAAAAUAUAUUACAUUGUUAUGAUGGACCUCUUCAAUACUCAAUGGUGCCAGGAAAUCCUGAUGCCAUGUCGACCGUUGAAGUUACUCCUGCAUUUUCUCCAGAGGAGAAAGAUAGAAAGAAUUCUCUCAUUAUCAAUUCAGAAUUAGAUCAGAAAGUAAAUUCUAAUAUAACUCAGGAAGAUCAGGAGAGCAUACCAAUAAGUAAUUCCCGACCUUCUAGUGGCCUCAGUCCCGAUUCCUCAAGCGAAAUAUGGUCCCAUAAGUAUACAAAAGAAGAAUUAUUAUCACCCGUGUUUAGCGAAGAGAAUAUCAAUGGAGAUAACACACUAAGGAGAAGAGAUUCGCCUCUUGCUCUAGUUCACGAUGCAUCAGAUUUUACGUCAGAUAGCACAGAAAAGAAAGAUGAAGAAAAAGAGGAGAAAGGUCUUGGCAAAUUAGAAGAAAUGCUAGAUAACCUAACUGCAUUUGUGAUGGAACCAUGUCCCCAGGGAGUGACAGUGAGAUGCCGCAUCACUAGAGAUAAAAAGGGAAUGGACAGAGGUUUAUAUCCCACUUAUUUUUUACAGCUUGAUAGAGAAGAAGGAAAAAAGGUAUUCCUACUAGCAGCACGGAAAAGAAAGAAGAGCACAACUUCCAAUUAUUUAAUUUCCAUAGAUCCCACUGAUCUAUCGCGAGGAGGUGAAGCAUUUGUCGGGAAAUUACGAUCAAAUCUGUUAGGAACAGCAUUUACAGUUUACGAUUCUGGUGAAAAUCCUAAAAAGUCUGGAAUUCUUUCAGAAAGAGUUAAUAACCGUUGUGAAGUUGCAGCUAUCAUAUAUGAAACUAAUGUAUUAGGAUUUAAAGGACCCCGUAAAAUGACAGUAAUUCUGCCAGCUAUGACACCUGAUCAUAAACGAGUUGAUAUUAAACCCAUAUCAGAACACGAUACCUUAAUCGAAAGGUAUAAAAGCAAAAAUAUGGAAAAUUUAUUAGAACUUCAUAAUAAGACACCUGUUUGGAAUGAUGAAACGCAAUCAUAUGUCUUAAAUUUCCAUGGGAGAGUGACACAAGCUUCUGUUAAGAACUUUCAAAUUGUUCACGAUAAUGACGUUGAUUAUAUUGUGAUGCAGUUUGGACGGGUGGCAGAAGAUCACUUCACCAUGGACUACAGCUAUCCGAUGUGUGCUCUUCAAGCAUUUGCUGUAGCAUUAUCUAGUUUCGAUAGUAAAUUAGCAUGUGAAUAGAACAAAACAUAUCAAUUAUUGCAUACUGUGAUAAUCACAUGCAGAAGCACAUUUGAUAUCACUUGCACAUUGUCUUUCAUGUUCAGAUUUUUACAUAUUUUGAGCCUUAUAAUAAGAAAAAUUAAGACGAUAGUCAGUUUUUAUAAAGUUUUUUCUUAGUUUUAUCCGAAAACACAAGUUUUAAUUUUGUCUGUAAAUAAGACGAGGCAAUGAAAAUGUUUGUUUGUAAAAACAAAUUCUUUUUAUUGAGGAAACUGCACAAAACUCAAUUUUUUAUGAAUUACGAACACUCAAAGUUAGAUUUAAUGUAUUUAUACAAAAUAAAACUUUGUUAUUAGAUAUUUAAAACUAUAAAAAACUGCCCUUAUCUGCAGAUUCUUGUGCAAUAUUGUAAAUAGUUUGAACUUUAAUAAUUAUUAAAUUGUGCCAUUUCAACUGAGAAGGUUAAAGAAGAAACAUUUGACUAUUUAUGGAAACAAGUUUAAUGCACAUUUUUAGCAUGGCAGCCUUAGCAAAACAUUAUGGUUAUAGCUUUAAUUUAUAUUUAUAUUAGAUAAUUUUUUAAAGUUGUAAAUAUUUUUAGAGUUUGUAUAUUCUUUGCAUGACACCUUAUAAGAUUCUUAAGAGAUUGUAUUGAUUGACUAUAGAAUAAAAUAUUUAAAAUAAUUGA